AUGAACAACGAGCAGUUCCGCAAGCUGAUGCUUGCAAAUUCGCAGCAAGCAUCCGGUUCGAAAAGCGGCCCUCCUCUUCCCGCCGCAAAGCCCAGUAGCGGGGGCACAGCUCUCGGAUCCCGGCAACGAGCCAGCAUGCCCAUGACACCCCGAUCUGUAGCAGGCCACCGGGGCGAUUUUGCUCGACAGCUUGCCGACUGCAGCCAGUCUGACAGGCCGCAGAAAAGGGUCAGAAUCUCGGCACCCAGGGGCGUCAGGCUGGCAGAUGGCUAUGUCGACCGAGCGCAACCCCGAGAUACUGCUGAAGUCGAUGACCGACAGGCGAGACUAGAGGCCCUCGAAGAAUCGUACAAGAACGAAGAGAUUGACGGGAAGACGUACGAAAGGCUACGAUUUCAGAUUGCUGGAGGCGACUUGGAGAGUACGCAUUUAGUCAAGGGGCUCGAUUUCAAGCUUCUCGAGCGAAUAAGGAGGGGAGAGGACGUAUACAGCAAGAAACCAGCCGAUCCAACGAUUCCAAUGGCCGAGGACGACGAUGCGCACGUGGACGAUGCCCUCGACGAGCUCGAAUCACAAGAGGUUCAUGCGAUCGAAAGAGAAAAGGCAGCAAAGAAGAAGGGCCAGCUAUCUACAGUUGUAGCACGACAGAGAAGGACAAGAGACCAAAUCUUGGCGGAUAUGAAGGCAGCUAGGGCAGCGGCCAAGGAACACGCUGAGCCUAGUUUGGGGGAUCGAUUCCGCAAGAUUGGUACGACACAGAAGCUCGGCACGCGUAUCGAAAGAGAUAGCAAAGGUCGGGAAGUACUGAUCAUUGUCGAUGCCGACGGGCACGAGAAGCGAAAAGUCCGGAAGCUGAAACCUGGGGAAGAAAACGAGUCAAGAGACGAGUUGCCAAUGCCCGACAAGAGCGCAAAGCCUUUGGGCAUGGAAGUUCCAGAGCAAUACAGAAAAAAAGAAGAGCCGGUGGCCGAGGAUGAUGGGGAAGUCAAUAUCUUUGAUGACGUAGGGGAUGACUAUGACCCGUUAGCUGGAAUGGAUGACUCAGAGUCGUGUUCGGGCUCGGAUGCGGAAACGACAGAGAAGCAAACAGCUGACAAUGGCGCUUCGCAAGAGAAGCCAGGAGCAUCGGAUGCAAUGCCGCCAACUCCGAAGCCGCAAACAGGCGCCAGAAACUACUUCCAAGGUUCCAAGACACGGCUCGUUUCGGAGGAAGCAGGACGACGGGCGCCGUCCAUGUCGGACCCGGCCAUCAUGGCGGCUAUCAAGAAGGCAGCAGCACUACGUCCAAUCGAGUCGGAAGAUGAUGACGACGAAUCUCGGCAAAAUACCACGGCAGCUGAAGAGCGGAGGCGAAGAUUACUGCAAAUGUCUCAACGGGACGACGACGACCUUGACAUGGGCUUUGGGACCAGCAGAUAUGAAGACGAAGAUGACUUUGAGGACCACAAACUCGCAUCAUGGGGUGACGAUGGCGGCGACGGAGAAGGAGGCCGUGGCCGGAAUGCACGGGGCCAGCGCAAAAGGGGUCCGAAGAAGCGCAAGGGCGACGCCAACAACGCUGAAGCUUUUCUGCGGAUGAUGGAGUCUCGGAAGGCGGCAUGA